AAUGGAAUGUGUGUGCUGUCACGCGCGUCACGCGUUUCCUCAAACCGUUCCAGGAAAUGAUGCUUUUAGAAACUAGCUAACUGAUUACUGAAAAGUACUGACUGGGCAUCAUGCGUACAGUCACUACAUGGGUGGAUAAAGUCCAUGAUAAGGACAAAAAUGAACAACCAAUUCACGACAUGUGCUUCCAUCCGGACGGGUCGAUGCUGGUGGUGGCCGCCGGUAACCGCGUCCUCGUGUACGAUGCCGUGGACGGCUCACUCAUACAGCCACUCAAAGGCCACACGGGAAACGUGUACUGCGUGGCCUACAGCCGCGACGGCAAGCGGUUCGCCUCGGGCAGCCAGGACAAGAGCGUCAUCAUCUGGGCGACCAAGGGUACCAAGGUGGAGAACGGCGUGUGCCAGAUCGAGGGCAUCCUCCGGUACACCCACAAGGACCCGGUGCAGUGCAUCGCGUACAACCCACUCAGCCUGAUGCUGGUCUCGUGCUCGCUGUCCGACUUCGGCCUGUGGUCGCCCGAGCAGAAGAACGUGACCAAGUACAGCGUGCCGAGCCGAGUGAACGGCUGCACCUGGACCACGGACGGUCUGCUGAUCGCGCUCGGACUCAUGAACGGCACCGUAUCCAUCAGGAACAAGCAAGGCGAGGAGAAGGCGCGGAUCGAGCGGCCCGGCGGCAGCAGCUCGCCCGUCUGGUGCGUGCACUUUUCGCCCGUGCGUGAGGAGGCGUACGACGUGCUGGCCGUGGCCGACUGGGGACAGACGCUCUCCUUCUACUCCGUCUACACAAAGGACUUCAAAGUCACCGAGAUCGGCAAGGAGCGGCAGCUGCGCUUCGACCCGUGCACGAUGCAGUUCUUCCCGCUGGGCCAGUACAUCCUGAUGGGCGGCUCGAACCGCGAGUGUGUGCUCUACACCAAGGAGGGCAUUCGACUGGAGAUGAUCGGCGCUCAAGAGUCGUGGGUGUGGUGCGCCGCGCCGCGACCCGACAGCAACUACGUGGCGUGCGGCUGUAACGACGGCACCAUCGCCUACUACCAGCUGGUGUUUAGCACCGUCCAUGGCCUGCACCGGGAGCGGUACGCCUUCAGGGAGAACAUGACUGACGUCAUCAUCGAGCACCUGAUCACCGAGCAGAAGGUGCGAAUCAAGUGCCGAGACAUGGUCAAAAAGAUCGCCCUCUACAAGACACGGCUGGCGGUCCAGCUGCCCGAGCGGGUCAUCAUCUACGAGCUGUACACGGGUGACUCUACCGACAUGCACUACCGCGUCAAGGAGAAGCUCAACCAGAAGCUCGAGUGCAGUCUGCUGGUGAUCUGCGCCAACCACCUAGUGCUCUGCCAGGACAAGCGUCUGCAGUGUCUGAACCUGAGCGGGGAGCGCGAGCGGGAGUGGGUGAUGGACUCGAUGAUUCGCUACAUCAAGGUGAUCGGCGGCCCGGCCGACCGCGAGUGUCUACUCGUCGGACUGAAAAAUGGACACGUGUUCAAGAUUUUCAUCGACAACGCGUUCCCGGUGAGCCUGCUGAAGGUACCAACGGCCAUCCGCUGCCUGGACCUGUCGGCCUACAAGGAGAAGCUGGCCGUGGUCGACGACAGCGGCACCGUGCUCGUCUACAACGUCGAGACCAAGGAGCUCAUGUUCCAGGAGCCGAACGCCACCAGCCUGUCGUUCAACACCAUGUGCGAGGACAUGCUGUGCUACUCGGGCAGCGGCGUGCUCUUCAUCAAGGCGGCCAACUACGUGCCCUACCAGCAGAAGCUGCCCGGUUUCGUCGUGGGCUUCACGGGCAGCAAGGUGUUUGUGCUGUGGAACUAUUCGAUGCGCUCCAUCGACGUACUCCAGUCGGCGCCCAUGUACCAGUACAUCGAGAAAAAGAUGUUCGGUCAGGCCUACUCGGUCGCCUGUCUCGGAGUCAGUGAGAGCGACUGGGAGACGCUCGGCACGGAGGCGCUCAACAACCUGGACCUGGAGGUGGCCAAAAAGUCGUACAUGCGCAUCAAGGACAUGUCUUGGCUGUACCUUCUCGACUCCAUGGAGGAGCGCAAGAAGAAGGGCGAGUUUAACGAGCAGGUGUUUCUGGGCGACAUUCUGUCGUACCGGGGCGAGUUCCGCGAGGCCGCAGAGUGCUACCAGAAGGGCGGCAAGCCGUCGCACGCGCUCCAGAUGUACACCGACCUGCGCAUGUUCGACCUUGCCCAGGAGUUUGCCGGCGACGAGGACUCGUCCGACCGUAAGACACUGCUCAAGAAGCGCGCCGAGUGGGCCAAGAACAUCAACGAGCUCCGCUCCGCCGCCGAGAUGUAUGUGAACGCCGGCGAGACGAUGAAGGCCAUCGAGAUCAUGGGAGAGAACGGCUGGAUCGACAUGCUGAUCGAGACAGGCCGGAAGCUGGACAAGGGCGAGGUACAGGCGAUCGGCCUGGUGGCACAGCACCUUCGGCGACUCAAGCAGUACGCCCUCGCCGCCGAGAUGUACAAGAAGAUGGACGACACGGAGUCGAUGAUCACCUGCUACGUGGAGGCCGAGGCCUGGGAGGAGGCGUUCGCUCUCGGCGAGAACCACCCCGAGUUCCGACAGAUCAUCUACGUGCCCUACGCCAAGUGGCUGGCCGAACACGACAAGUUCCUGGAGGCGCAGAAAGCGUUCCACAAGGCGGGCCGGCUGGACCUGGCGUUCCUGAUCCUGGACCAGCUGACGGUGAACGCCGUGGAGGAGAGCCGCUUCGACGACGCCGCAUUCUACCACUGGGUGUUGUCGCUGCAGUGCCUCGAGGUGGCCAAGGAGGAGCCCGAGCAGAAGGAAGCAAUGGUGAAGCUGUUUUACGAGCACCAGCGCAAGGCCAACAUUUACUACGCGUACCACACGAUCCACCGGUACAUCGAGGAGCCGUUCACGUCCUACAUGCCUGAGGCGCUGUUCAACAUCGCCCGCUUCCUGACACACGAGCUGACCACGCAGCAGCCGCGCGGCGUGUCCAAGUUCUGCACCCUGUACGCGCUGGCCAAGCAGGGCAAAAACCUAGAGGCUUUCAAGCUGGCACGAUACGCUCUGGAUAAGAUCCAGCAGCUCAAGGUGCCGCUUCGCUUCCAGGAGAACGUGGACCUGGCGUCUGUGCAGCUGCGCGGCAAGUCGUUCACUGACAAGGAGGAGCUGCUGCCGCUCUGCUACCGCUGCUCCACCGUCAACCCGCUGGUGAACACGCGCGGCAGCCGCUGCACCAACUGCAGCCAGCCAUUCGUCUUCUCCUUCGUCUCGUUCGAGAUUCUGACGCUGGUGGAGUUCCAGCUGGAGGACGGCAUCUCGGACGAGGACGCCAUGCGUAUGAUCGAGCUCUCCGACCCAGACGCCUCGUCCGACGAGGAGUCGAGCUCGUCCAGCGACUCGAGCGACGACGAGAAGCCCGGGCCGACGCUCAACAAGCUGAGUGGCAGUGCCGCCAACCACCCCAAGGGCUGGAAGGAGAAGAAGAAGGGUAACACGCAAACGCUGACCAUCAACGACCCGAACGCCGGUGGCGAGUCCGAUCCGUUCACAGAGAGGCUGCUCAACUUCGAGCAGGGCGGCAGCGACUUUAUCCCGGUGGUGGUGAACGCGGCGGCGCUGCGCGCCAUGAGUCCGGCCGACGUGAUCGUGUGCCGAUGGCCGCCGCCGCUGCGCUACCAGUUCUUCAGAAACCUGAUGCCCGACAUGCCCGUCUCGCACUGCCUCUCCUGCAACCGGCUGUUCCACACGGACGACUACGAGCUGCAGUCGCUGCAGAAGGGCCACUGUCCGUUCUGCCGCCGGCCGAGCGACCCGCACCAGGUCAGCGGCUCCACCGACUGAGCCGCUGGCCCGCGGAGAGGCUGGGCCGGCCGAGCGACCCGCACCAGGUCAGCGGCUCCACCGACUGAGCCACCGGCCCGCGAAGAGGCUGGGCCGGCCGAGCGACCCGCACCAGGUCAGCGGCUCCACCGACUGAGCCGCUGGCCCGCGGAGAGGCUGGGCCGUCCGAGCGACCCGCACCAGGUCAGCGGCUCCACCGACUGAGCCGCCGGCCCGCUGAGAGGCUGGGCCGGUCCAGUGAGGUGCCGGACUGACCCACUCUGGUGGACCUGUGAGUGUCGGGAUCUGCUCACUGAGCAGUGGCCCGCUGUGCGACUGGGCCAGCCGACAGAGCCGCGUUAAGGAUCGAGCGGGCACGGCCGGGCUCACAAGGAGCGAGGAUAAACACGGAAUCAUGGCACAGAAACGGAAUUAAAUUAUGCGCCGCCGCAGGCUACGGCCUUCACAGAUGCUGAACGUUUUGUGAUACACGAUCUCAGAUAGGUAAAGACUUUUGUUUCGUUUUUUUAAUCUGUGCGGUUAUCUAUUUGCGCAUGUUUUUGUGCAUCGUUUUAAUGCCUUUGUUCAUAUAAGAAAUUGUCAGCCGUCGGAAAAUCUCUGGUGACGCGCACAGCUAAAACAUUUUGUUUACAAAGGCUACAAAGGUAGUCACGGUGAUUGUGUGUGGCUAUUUUGUUUGUUAUGUUACGGAACGACUUUGUCAUGACACGCCGUAUAUAUGGUGCACCAUUGCAAAUGCAUGCAACCAAUGUGAUCUAUCGUUAAGAGCAGUGUUUGCACCAAUUCUACAUAUAACCGAGGCUCACGCACACGCUAUGAAUUUCCGUCCAUGAAUGAUGCCGUCCGUGGGGUACGUAAUCGCACCCUAGUCGCACAUUAUACGUAUAACACACAGUUCCACGUGUGAAGGAUAAUGUUCCUUAUUAUGUGAUACGGCACUUGUCACUUAUGCGUGGCUUGGGGGACGUGCUGGAGUUAUCAUUUAUUUAUGUUGUUUUCAUUGUCGAUGCACCGUCGGGGACUCCGGGUAUCUCGUAUAGACAGUUCUAGUCAACCAGCGCUUUAUGUGACUGUAAUUCACAGUACGUUCAAAUGAUAUGCUAGUCCGUCCAUAUGCUGUGCCUACCGAUCAAUAAAUAUCACAUUGCUAAUAAAUUAUAGCAUGACUUUC